CCCGCUCACAGCCCCGGGACCCCGCACCCAUGGGCGGCUGCCGGGCCCCGCCGCGGCCCGGGGGGGCCCCUCGCCGUCCUCGGCCCCCGGUACCGGCCAGCGCCGGCGGGGCACAGCCCGGGGACUGAGGGAAAUCCCGGGAAGAGGCCACGGGAAGCUCGGGAGAUCCCGCGGCAGGAUGGAGAACAAGGCCGUGGAUCUCCACACCUUCUCCGAGCGGGAGAACGGAUCCGUCCUGGAGGAGCCCUUCGAGGGACGGAGCCUUUCCAAGCUGAACCUCUGCGAGGAUGAUCCCGGCCGGAGGAUGAGGCCCCCGGGGUGCUGCGGCCGGAUGGGCUCCGUGGCGGCGCUGAAAUAUUCCGUGGUGGGACUUUACCUCCUGGUGCUCCUCAUCCUGGUGGGAAUCUUCAUCCUGGCAGCGUCCCGGCCCCAGGCGUCCCCCGAGGACCUGAAGGCGCUGCUGGGGAACGUCCAGCGGCUCAACGAGACCUUCCGCGACCUGCAGCUGCAGCUGCUGCGCCCCCCGCCCCAGGGCGACCUCCUGGAGCACAUCUGGAGGCUGCAGGACCUCCUGCAGAACCACUCGGACUCGCUGUUCCUGCUGUCGGGCUCGCUCCGGAGGCUGCAGGGGCUCCUGUGGAGCCUGCAGAGCCAGGCCGGCCAGACGGAGCGAUCGGUGGCCCGGCUGCGGGACUCGCUGGGCCAGCAGAGCGACGCGGCCCAGCUGGAGCUGUCGCGGCUCUCCGUGGACGCCAACAGCAGCCGGCUGCUCCUGGAGCACCACCAGCACCUCCUGGGCCACCUGGGCGGGCGGCUGGAGGCCCUGGGCGAGCAGGUGGCCCAGCUGGGCGGGGCGGUGGAUUCCAUGAACCGCAGCUUCUCCUACGACGUCCGCGUGCAGCAUUCCCGGCUCCGGGACCUGCAGGGGCUCCUGGGCAACGCCAGCGCGGACGCGCGGGGGAUGCGGGCGGCGCACGCGGCCAUGGAGCGGCAGCUGAGGCUGGAGCUGGCCCUGCUCAACAACGUCACCGAGGAGCUGCGCAUGAAGGACUGGGAGCAUUCCGUGGCGCUCCGGAACAUCUCCGUGAUCCGGGGGCCACCGGGACCCAAAGGAGACCGAGGCACGGAAGGAAUGGAGGGAGAGCCCGGCCUUCCCGGCCUUCCCGGGCUCCGAGGGUUUCCCGGGGAGCGGGGACUGCCCGGCCCGCGCGGAUUGAAGGGGGACCAGGGAGAGCUCGGCCCUCGCGGCCCCGCGGGAAUGCGCGGAUUCAAAGGCGAGCGCGGCCCCAAGGGGGACAAGGGGGACAAGGGGGACCGAGGAGCCGCUGGUGGCACCGCUCCGGCCGAGGGCGCGGUGCGGCUGGUGAACGGCUCCGGGGCGCACGAGGGGCGCCUGGAGAUCUUCCACGAGCGCCGCUGGGGCUCGGUCUGCGACGACGGCUGGGACGGGCGCGACGGCGACGUGGCGUGCCGCAUGCUGGGCUUCCCCGGCGCCGCCGACGUCUUCCGCAUGGCGCGCUUCGGACAAGGCUCGGGGAAGAUCUGGAUGGACGACGUGUCCUGCACGGGCACCGAGGAGUCCCUGGAGCUCUGCAGCUUCUCGGGAUGGGGCCGGACCAACUGCGGCCACGCCGAGGACGCCGGCGUGCGCUGCCGGACAGACUGA